AUGUUUGGCAUCGAGAAUGACAAAGCCUAUAAAUUCUCUGGGAAGCGAGGUAGUAACGUGGAAUUGGACGAGGAAUCGGUUUGUGAUGCCACAAAUGAAGGAUCUAACAAUUCCAUUACCAACUCGCACGGCCAGAACGGGCAUGUGAAUUACAAUACCAAGGACAUCCCGGAGACCCCUAACGACCAACCGAAGUACUCACUAGCUUUUACCCCCCAUGGCGAAGAAUUGAGAAUCAAGGUUGAAAGUGGUACACAGCAAAUGCCCUCUUCAGACGAUACCGACGCCAUGGAUAUGAGUUGGCCUAGUGCCGUCGAACCCAUGGAGAAGACACCGGUUGCGGACGUUAACCCUAUCGGUACAGAAGAAGGUUCCGACAUCCCCAGUAGCACCUCGCUCGGGCAGGAGCUACAAGACAAUACAAACGGCUCCCCCGGGGAGACCCCAGGCCAGGACCAACAGAGAGCAAAAAAGGAGUCCGGCAUCUCCUGUACCAAAUCGCUCUUUCCAGAUAAGCCAAACAACGGCGGCUUGUCAUCAUCGAAGGCAAAUGAUACCCCCGGAAACACCCCUACCAAGGACCUCUUGCCAUUAUUUACUACCCCUGAUCGUCUUUCUCAUUUCUUUGGCUCAACUAUGUCUUCUUUCGAGCGUCCUAACACAUUCCGCAAGUUUGGUGUUCCGGUAACAUCUGUGAAUGGAAUCCACGGCAACCAAUUAGGCAUCCCGGAUAACACUGGCACAGACGAUGUCGAGUCCGCGCAGAUCAGUUCGCCCGAGAAUAGCGAGGCAAGACAAGAGCACUCAACACCAGACGGGGAUCUCAAAGCUGUCGGGACUACCGGGCAACCUGAAACACAAAAGGGGACUAACAUCCUUGGCAAUUCGGCCGGUCAGGAUGAACCAAUUUCGCGAAAGGAUAGCUUCUACCUGGAGUCGCGGCUGAUCGGUGACUUCUUUCAGGAGUGUUUUGUCCUGGCUGCAUUGGCUGUUUACUGGGUCGACUGGGUAGUCUGCGCACUGGGGGACAAAGCAAUGCAUAACGGGCUCACAGUUGAAAACUGCGAAGCACAGUUAGAGGAGAAUGGUUCACCACACAGGGUCCCCUCUAAUAUAAAAACGGAGGCGAGGCAGGAUGGAGCGGCAGAACUGACGAGCUGCUCGAUAGCAGGAGGCACGAUCGCCCCUGCCACGACCGCCCUGCCCACCACACCAGGCGAGUUCGAACCUACCUCGAACGCUGGGCAACUGAAGACGGGACCUAACAUCCUGGAUCCCAAUCCGCCCACUGUCAACUAUCCAGAGCAGCCUUCCACCAAUCCAAGGGGAGUGGACCCGUGCACGGUAUCACUCGACUCUUUCUACGACCUAUUUGAAGGGUCCGAUACAGAGGAAUCGCCAACGAGGGAGGGUGGUAAAGUCACCUCGACGGAUCCGCGCGUGCAGCAAUGA